AUGACGGCCUCCACCGCGACGCGGUACGAUGUGCAUCGGCCAGCAUUCUCGUACCACUACAAUGUCACGGCCCACGACAGCAAACAGACGCUCUACUACUGCAACGUCACUCGGUUCACGAAGAGCUGCACGCCCGAUCUCGUCCUCCACGCCGGACGAGACAAGGCCGCGCCGCCCGUGGCACUGGCCCAUAUUCUCCAGUUUUCGCAGAGCUUCAAGAUCGGCUUCGGGAGCCGCGCCGACGUGGACGCGGUGGAAUGGGAGGACUUGACCAGAUCCAACGCCGGCGGUUCCGACCACCGCUGGGAAAUGACUCUCGCAGGGCACGGCAGGAUAUCUUUGGUGUGGAAACGAACAACAGCAGUCACCGCGGACGGGGCCAGUCUGCCCAUAACCAGCCACCGAGGGCACCGAGGGCACCGCGGCUGGAAGCUCAUCGAGGAGAGCACGCCCGGCGAGAUUCUGGCCGUCUUUACGUUUGACCGGGUGUUUGGCAGGAGGGGGAUACUGCAAGUGGAUGUGGAUUAUGGGGAAAAGUUCACGGUGGGAGUGCUGAUGAGCAUAUUGACGCUGUAUGAGAGAGGAGAGGAGCGUUGA